GCCCGGCCGCUUCGAGGCGGGGCCACGGCACAGGGUUUUUGGUUUUUUUUUUCCUCUGCUCCCGCCCCUGCUCUUCCCACCUGCCACGUACGGGAGCGCGGCCCUCGCUAGGCUUGUUGGGUGUGUGCGAUUGGCCAGGCCCGAGCAGCUCUCAGCUCGGCGAGGCUCGGCGGAGGGCGGCCGGGCGAGCGGGGUCCGAAGCUUCCCUGCUACAGUGCGGAGUCGCGGCGGCCACGCAGCGGCCGGGUCGGCGGAGACAGCGGCCUCGGCAAGCGGUUUUUUUCCCUAGAAUUGUGUGUAUAGAGAGCAUCCUGGAGUCCACCAUGAACGGACAGUUGGACCUAAGUGGGAAGCUAAUUAUCAAAGCUCAACUUGGAGAAGAUAUCCGCCGAAUUCCCAUUCAUAAUGAAGAUAUUACUUAUGAUGAGUUAGUGCUAAUGAUGCAGCGAGUAUUCAGAGGAAAACUUCUGAGUAAUGAUGAAGUUACAAUAAAGUAUAAGGAUGAAGAUGGAGAUCUUAUAACAAUUUUUGAUAGUUCUGACCUUUCCUUUGCAAUUCAGUGUAGUAGAAUACUGAAACUGACAUUGUUUGUUAACGGCCAACCAAGACCCCUUGAAUCAAGUCAGGUGAAAUACCUUCGUCGAGAACUGAUAGAACUUCGAAAUAAAGUGAAUCGCUUAUUGGAUUGCUUAGAGCCACCUGGAGAACCAGGACCUUCCACUAGUAUUCCUGAAAAUGAUGCUGUGGAUGGCAGGGAAGAGAAGCCUGCUGCUUCUGAUUCUUCUGGAAAACAGUCUACUCAGGUUAUGGCAGCAAGUAUGUCAGCUUUUGAUCCUCUGAAAAACCAAGAUGAAAUCAACAAAAAUGUCAUGUCAGCAUUUGGAUUAACAGAUGACCAGGUUUCAGGGCCACCCAGUGCUCCAGCAGAAGACCGCUCUGGGACUCCUGACAGUAUUGCUUCUUCCUCCUCAGCCGCUCACCCGCCAGCAGUUCAGCCACAGCAGCCUCCAUAUACAGGAGCUCAGACACAAGCAGGUCAGAUUGAAGGUCAGAUGUACCAACAAUACCAGCAGCAGGCUGGCUACGGGGCACAGCAACCUCAGGCUCCUCCUCAACAGUACGGUAUUCAGUAUUCAGCUAGUUACAGCCAGCAGACUGGACCCCAACAACCUCAGCAGUUCCAGGGAUAUAGCCAACAACCAACUUCCCAGGCACCGGCUCCUUCCUUUUCUGGUCAACCACAACAACUGCCUGCUCAACCACAACAGUACCAGGCGAGCACUUACCCUCCACAAACUUACACUACCCAAACAUCUCAGCCUGCUAAUUACACUGUGCCCCCUGGUGCUCAGCCUGGAAUGGCUCCAAGUCAGCCUGGUGCUUACCAACCCAGACCAGGUUUUACACCAUCUCCUGCAGGUACCAUGACCCCUCCUUCCAGUGGGCCUAACCCUUAUGCACGUAACCGUCCUCCUUUUGGUCAGGGCUAUACCCAACCUGGACCCGGUUAUCGAUAAGGAGGUUCAGCUACACUCUUGAUAGCUAAUUGCCUCCCAAAAGACUACAAUACUAUUUUGUUUCAAUUUGUACUCUAUUGAAGUUCAAAAAUUUAAAAAGCAGAGCAAUUUUUAUGAUAUCAUUGUUGCUGUUAAUUGAAAAUAUAAUUUGCUGGAAUACAAACACAAAAAGACCAAAAUGAACAUUGUUUCCUCCCCUGCUUAAAAUUGUAGCAGCUUCCUAGUUAUUUUGGGACACUAUUGCGUAUAAAAUGAUUGGCUUUCUAGUUCCCAGAGGAUAUUAAAAAGCUAGGCUAAGGUUUAGCCAUCACACUUGGCUAUUUACUAUUAACAUGAUGUACUAAAAGUAGAGCCCUUUGAGAAGACAACUAGACAUUAUGUAUCAAUGUAACAUUGAUAGGCUAAUAAAGGUGAUUGAAUCCAAUAA